GAUGUAAAUUUUGAGGACGUGGCCAUUGCCUUCUCUCAGGAGGAGUGGGGGCUCCUUGAUGAGGCUCAGAGACUUCUGUACUGCGAUGUGAUGCAGGAAGUUUUUGCCCUUGUAUCAUCUGUAGGUUGUUGGCAUAAAAUGGAAGGUGAGGAGGCCUGUUGUGAUGACAGUGUAUCUAUACGAGGAGAGUCACAAGUAAGGGCAUCUAAGAAAGCUGCAGACACCCAGAAGACCCAUCUGUGUAAGCGCUGUUUCUCUGUGCUACAACAUAUUUUUCACCUGACUGGGUCACAUGCAGCAUACUUUGAGCAGAAAGCCUUCUGUACUGAUGCAUGUCUUGGAGACUUCUAUUUUAGUGCAAACCCUCACCAGGAACAGAGGAAUGAAUGUGGGGAGGUGCCCUGGAAACAAGCUAUGAUCAGGGCAUCCUAUGUGAGCAGGUGCAGCGUCUACUUAUCUUCGGUGCCUUCAACCAGCAGGGAGGUUGGGGAAGACUUGCAAUGCAACUCAGAGCUUCCCCAGCACCAGGCCAUUCUCAAAACUGAGGAGCUACCCUUUGGCAGUGAGAUUUCACAGGAAUUUCUUGAUAAAAAAAGUCAUCACCACUGGGGUGACUGUGAAAAUGCUGCCAGCCACAACCUGAAAGUUGUUCAAUGUCAGGGUGCAUAUUCUGGAGAAAUGAUUUAUAAGUGUAACAAAUGUAGGAAAGUUUUUAGGCGAAUCUUUAACAUCAUUGGAUAUAAGAGAGUUCACCCUAGAGAACAGCCCUAUCUGUGUAGUGAAUGAGGGAAGUCCUUUCAUCGAAGGGCUCACCUCACUGUACACCUCAGAGUUCACACUGGAGAGAAGCCGUAUGAGUGUACUGAAUGUGGAAAGUCCUUCAGUGAAAGAGGUACACUCAUUAAACACCAGAGAGUUCACGCUGGAGAGAAGCCAUAUGAGUGUACUGAAUGUGGGAAGUCUUUUAGCCAAAAAUCUAACCUUAUUAGACAUCUCAGAGUUCACACUGGAGAGAAGCCAUAUGAAUGUACUGAAUGUGGAAAAUUCUUCAGUGAAAGAAGUACACUCAUUAAACACCAGAGUGUUCACACUGGAGAGAAGCCAUAUGUGUGUACUGAAUGUUGGAAGUCUUUUCGCAAAAAAUCUGAGCUUAUUAAUCAUCUGAGAGUUCACACUGGAGAGAAGCCAUAUGCGUGUACUGAGUGUGGAAAGUCUUUUUGUGAAAAAUCUAAGCUUAUUAAACAUCUGAGAGUUCACAGUGGAGAGAACCCACAUGAGUGUACUGAAUGUGGGAAGUCUUUUAGCCAAAAAGCUAGCCUUAUUAGACAUCUCAGAGUUCACACUGGAGAGAAGCCAUAUGAAUGUACUGAAUGUGGAAAGUUCUUCAGUGAAAGAAGUACACUCAUUAAACACCAGAGAGUUCACACUGGAGAGAAGCCAUAUGAGUGUACUGAAUGUGGAAAGUUCUUCAGUGAAAGAAGUACACUCAUUAAACACCAGAGAGUUCACACUGGAGAGAAGCCAUAUGAAUGUACUGAAUGUGGGAAAUCCUUCCAUGUGAGGAGCACACUCAUUAAACACCAGAGAGUUCACACCGGAGAGAAGCCGUAUGAGUGUACUGAAUGUGGGAAGUCUCUUAGCCAAAAAUCUAACCUUAUUAGCCAUCUGAGAGUUCACACUGCAGAGAAGCCAUAUCAGUGUACUGAAUGUGAGAAGUCCUUCAGUGAAAGAAUUAAACUCAUUAAACACCAGAGAGUUCACACUGGAAAGAAGCCAUAUGAGUGUACUGAAUGUGGGAAGUGUUUUUGAGAAAAAUCUAGUCUUAUUAAACAUCUGAGAGGUCACAGUGGAGAGAAGUGUUAAAUUUGCACAGAAUGUUUUAUUUUAUUCACUUGAAUAAUAACACUGAAGGCCACUAUUUGGGAACUAUUUUCCGGAAUUUAAACCCUUUUAAUGGGACAUACACUGUACUGGAUUCCGCAUAAGUUUCCAAUACAACUGAGGCUUGAAGGAGUGCAUUGCAAUGGUAACAUGCACAGAUCUUCUACCCGAUUGAUUUGUGGCUGAAGAGAUUUCCCCUCUACCACCUGGCUCACCUGAAGACUGUGUAUCAGUCCCAACCCUUGUGUGCUCAGGGGAAAUGUAUUCUGUGUUCUCUCUUGUGCUUGAGAACAUUAUGAUUAUUCCAGCUCCUGACAGGAUCUUCAUUCCUUUAUCUCUGUGGAGGUAAUGCACCUGACCCAGGGUUCAUCCAGGGCACCCGUCCUCAACUAAGAAGUGCUGCCUCUUUCAGGGAUAUGUGCUUCUCACAUUAUGCUGUGAUGAAUUGUUCCAGGUGUUGAUUCCCCAACCUGGGAACCACUUGCUGUCCUCUGUCUGGUUUAUGAUCUUUU